AUGUGGACUAUGCAGCGCCCACCACUUGCGCCUGCACCUGUACCCGCACCCGCACCAGUACCAGCACCAGUCUGGCCAGCUCCUGCCCCAUUAGCGCCAGCUCCGCUCUGGUCUGCACCACUUGCGCCCGCCCCAGCACCAGUUUGGCCCAUUCCUGCACCUGCACCACUGUUGCCCGCACCUGCACCGCUGUUGCCAGCGCCAGCUCUCCUGCCCACCACGGAGGUGCAUCUGCCCACUGUGACGCAGUUCCUCCCCCCCGUGCUAGAGGCGGUGCCCUUCAGCCACAGCUACCGCGCGAUUCCCGGACCCAAGAAGACGACCCACCGCGUCUCCAUUGGCUACGCCUUUCCCAAGCUCGUGGCUGCCCCGCACGCGCAUCUGCGCGCUCUGCCCCUGAAGCUGGCUCAUCAUCAUCAUCAUCAUUCGCUCUUCUAAACCAGGUUGGAGUUGGACUGGGCAUCAAAGGUCUAUAUAUAGAUAUUCUUCGUAAUACUCGUA